CACACUGACUCUCAGGUCUCUCUCCCUGCACGGAAAUUCUUCUCUAAUCGCCUCGCCAGUCUCAGAAACAAACAAACAACCAAACAAACAAACAAACAAACAGAGAAAAUGAGCGAAUUCCUGGACCUUGAAUCCCAAGACGGCGUUCGAAUGCCAUGGAAUGUGAUUCCAGGCACAAAGCAAGAGUCCACAAACAGCGUAGUCCCAGUCUCUGCCAUCUACACUCCGAUCAAGCCCUUCCCGGCCAUGCCCGUCCUCCCCUACGCCCCGCUCCGCUGUCGCACCUGCCGCUCCGUCCUCAACCCAUUCUCCACCGUCGAUUACGCCGCCAAGAUCUGGAUCUGCCCCUUCUGCUUCACCCGCAACCACUUCCCUCCCCACUACGCCUCCAUAUCCGACGAAAACCUCCCCGCGGAGCUCUUCCCCCAGUACACCACCAUCGAAUACGACUCGUCGCUCGAGAAACCCACCACGCCUCCGGUCUUCAUUUUCGUCGUCGACACGUGUAUGAUCGAGGAGGAGCUGUCGUUUCUCAAGUCCGCUCUUUCCCAAGCUCUGGGUCUUCUUCCGGAUCACUCUCUUGUGGGUCUCAUCACUUUUGGGACCUUCGUACAUGUCCACGAAUUGGGUUUCUCCAGUGUUCCCAAGACUUACAUCUUCAAAGGAUCGAAGGAAGUCAACAAGGACCAGCUGCUUGAACAGAUGAGUUUUUUUCUCAAGAAGCCCAAGCCGACUACUGGGGUAAUUGCUGGACCUCGGGACGGGCUGAGCACCGAGAGCAUUGCCCGGUUUUUAUUGCCGGCGUCGGAUUGUGAGUUUGCGCUUAAUUCGGUGUUGGAGGAGUUGCAGAAGGACCCUUGGCCUGUACCGGCUGAUCAGCGGGCUGCCCGGUGCACCAGCACUGCGCUUGGCGUGGCUGCCAGCUUGUUGGGAGCUUGCGUGCCGGGUUCUGGGGCCCGGAUUAUGGCGUUUAUUGGUGGGCCCUCCACGGAAGGCCAGGGUGCUAUUGUGUCGAAAAACCUAUCUGAACCGAUUCGUUCUCACAAGGACCUGGAUAAAGAUUCUGCCCCACAUUUUCAUAAAGCCGUGAAGUUCUACGAGGGACUUUCAAAGCAGCUUGUACAUCAAGGACACGUUCUUGAUCUUUUUGCUUGUGCCCUUGACCAGGUGGGGAUUGCAGAAAUUAAAAUUGCAGUUGAAAGAACUGGAGGACUAGUUGUGCUUGCCGAAAGUUUUGGCCAUUCGGUGUUUAAGGACUCACUUAAACGGGUUUUCCAGUUGGGUGAUUAUGAGCUUGGUUUGUCAUCAAACGGUAUAUUUGAGAUAAACUGCUCAAAAGAUGUCAAAGUUCAGGGCAUUAUUGGUCCUUGUGCAUCUCUUGAAAAGAAAGGUCCUUUGUCCUCCGACACAGUUGUAGGUCAGGGGAGUACAAGUGCAUGGAAGAUGUGUGGCCUUGACAAAGCAACAUCUUUAUGUCUAAUAUUUGAAAUUGUUAAGAAGGAAAUCCCAGAUGCCACUGUUCAGCCCACUAGCAAUCAGUUUUACUUCCAAUUUCUAACUUAUUAUCAGCAUAGUAGUGGUCAAAUGAGACUUCGUGUUACGACCCUUUCGAGGAGAUGGGUUGCUGGACCUGGAAGCCUACAGGACUUGAUUGCUGGAUUUGACCAAGAAGCAGCUGCUGUUGUCAUGGCACGCCUAGUUUCUUUCAAAAUGGAAACUGAGGCAGAGUUUGACCCUAUAAGAUGGCUGGAUAAAUCAUUGAUACGUAUGUGUGCUCGGUUUGGAGAUUACCAAAAGGACAGUCCAUCUUCUUUCAGCUUGUCUCCACGGUUUUCAAUCUUCCCUCAAUUUAUGUUUCAUUUACGACGUUCUCAGUUUGUCCAGGUUUUUAACAACAGCCCAGAUGAAACCGCAUACUUCAGAAUGAUCCUAAACCGAGAAAAUGUUGCCAAUUCAGUUGUGAUGAUUCAGCCUUCAUUGAUUUCAUAUUCAUUUCAUUCAGGCCCGGAACCAGCACUUCUUGAUGUUGCUGCCAUUGCGGCAGACAGGAUUCUGCUCUUAGACGCCUACUUUACUGUUGUAAUUUUUCAUGGUUCAACUAUUGCUCAAUGGCGAAAAGCAGGGUAUCAGGAUCUGCCUGAACAUCAGGCAUUUGCUCAAUUGCUACAAGCUCCUCGUGAUGAUGGAGAUCAAAUUAUCAAGGAAAGAUUUCCAGUACCUCGCCUGGUGAUUUGUGAUCAGCAUGGUUCUCAGGCCCGUUUUCUUUUGGCAAAGUUGAAUCCUUCUGCGACUUAUAACAAUGAAGCUCCACUUCCAGGAGGGGAUGUUAUCUUUACAGAUGAUGUUGGUUUUGAAGUCUUCUUGGAUCAUCUCCAGAGAUUAGCAGUUCAAUAAUGUACAAGAGGGUAUCCUGCAGUUUUGUAUAAUUUGUUUUUCAAUUUCUUGUACAGUAAUGCAUACGAUUCAAUUCAAAUUUUGAUAUGGUUUGGGCUCUAUAUAUAGUAUACAAAAGCUUAUCAUGCUUCUAUAUU